UUUCGAGAAUAGGCCCCCAGGACUUCAUGUUCCCUGCGUAAACGAACGACAAACUGCAGUCGCUUUCGCAAACGGAGUAAACGAACAACAUCUGCGGCAGUGACUGCAUAAACGAACGGACCCACCAUGUUAUCCCUUCCACCAUACUCCUAGAGGUUUUCUAGCGCCCCGAUCGGAAUGGAUCGGAACACUGGACGGAAUUAACAUUUCUCUUUGUAUAUGUUCUGUGGCCAAUACCGACAUCACCGAUAUGUUUCAUAUACGACUAUGUAAGGUUAUGUAUCGUACGAAUUUUUAAAUGCCGGGGCUAAUUCUUUAUCAAGAUUAUACGUAACUUUAAAAUGUAACAAUAUUUAGGAAUUGUUUAUCAAGUUGUGACAGUUACGUAGCUCUGGACGACGAAGAAAAUGAAGUUGGUCAAGCCAAAUUGGGUUACUCACGAUAGUUAUCCGAUAUUCUCUAUCGAUAUCCAUCCCAAUGGGAAAAGAUUUGCCACUGGUGGUCAAGGUGGCGAUUCAGGAAGGGUUGUUAUAUGGAAUAUGGAACCAGUAGUUGAUGAAACUGCUGAAUUGGACUCUAAUGUUCCAAAGAUGCUUUGCCAAUUAGAUAAUCAUCUUGCAUGCGUGAAUUGUGUACGCUGGAGCAAUAGUGGAUUGUUGGCGUCAGGCGGUGUAGACAAGCUCAUCAUGAUUUGGAGAUUAUCUGGAUCAGGAGGAAGCUCGAUUUUCGGUGGAAAGGCCAGCGUGGAGACUUGGAGAUGUAUCGCGACAUUGCGUUCACAUGAGGCUGAUGUACUUGAUCUUGCAUGGGCACCGCACAGUCCAUGGUUGGCUUCAGCCUCAGUAGACAACAGUGUGAUAGUAUGGGACGCUUCCAAAUUUCCUGCGGUAGUUGCUGUAUUGAAAGGCCAUACAGGUUUUGUGAAAGGAAUUACUUGGGAUCCUGUGGGAAAGUAUUUGGCAUCUCAGUCUGAUGACAAAACGCUAAGAGUAUGGCGUACUACGGAUUGGACUGAAGCAGCUUUGAUAUCUGAACCUUUUGAUGAAUGUGGUGGAACGACUCAUGUUCUGAGACUCUCUUGGAGUCCGGAUGGUCAGUAUUUGGUAUCCGCCCAUGCUAUGAAUGGAGGAGGACCGACAGCUCAAAUAAUAGAGAGGGAUGGAUGGACACAGGAUAAGGAUUUUGUUGGACAUAGAAAGGCAGUAACUUGUGUUAGAUUUAAUGGCAAUAUUCUGCAGAAGAAGCAGCCAGGUUCCUCUAAACCACAACAGUAUUGCUGUGUUGCAAUAGGAUCACGAGAUCGUUCCUUAUCUGUAUGGUUAACGUCUUUAAAAAGACCGUUAGUUGUAAUUCACGAGUUGUUUACACAUUCUGUGUUAGAUGCUAGUUGGUCACCUUGCGGUCUUCGUCUUGCCGCAUGUUCUUGGGAUGGGACAGCUGUAUUUAUUGAAUUUACUCAACAGGAAUUGGGACAACCUCUUGAUCCUGCUGAACAAAGUAGCUUACAUGAACGAUUGUAUGGUAAACCGUUGGUUCAAGGAGGUUGUAUGGUAAUGGAAGCACCAGAACUCCUUAACUUGAAACAACCGGCAUCGAAUCAGUCCUCUCAAUUGUUAUCUGCACCCAGCAUUCCCCCUGUUACCAAUUGUGCAACAACUCCGGUUAAGGGACCUAUUAAUAAACAAAUCGAAACGAGAACUUCGGAUGGUAAAAGAAGAAUUACUCCUAUGUUUAUUCCGCCACCGGCAGAUACAACAGAUACAAAUAUCAGUGGUAGUUUAGGCACACCAACAUUUACGAGUAAAGUACAAACUAAAAGCUCGAUUGUGAUAGAAAAACGUAACGAUGUAGUCGCGCCUAAUGUUACUUCGUCUGUAAAACCGAUUGUCGCCGACACUCCAGGAUCUUCACUUACAUUGAAACGCAAGGAGCAGACGAUACCAAAAAUACACCAUUCUUCACCGAGUAAGAAGCCCAAAUUUGUAUCUGACAGGAACAUAGGUCAAAUGUUACUGCCACCACUGAAGCCGUCCAGUUCAUUAUCCCAGCAGGCGGGUCAUUAUGCCGUCACUGUCACCAAUAGUCAGGGCCUUGCUCAUUUGCAAGUAUUUAAAGGCACAGAUUCUGAACCGACGUGGGAUUUGUAUUUAGGAUAUAGUGCCGUGGCAUUGGCAGCAUCACCAGCUGUGAUAGUCUUGGGUUUGGAAGACGGAAGUCUCCACACAUUUCAUCCUGCGAAAGGAUGCCGACUGGCACCGCCAUUAGCACCACCAGCACCUUUGGCAAAAGUUCACGCUGUUGGAAACGCGGUGAUGGUGAUAUCAAGCUGUGGCGCAGUUCGCGUGUGGGAAAUAGGAAAUGCGUGCAGAAUGAUCGUUUCAACUUCAGCUGCUCAUUUAGCGGCGCCUGGGACGUCCCUAUUGUCAUGUACCUUGUAUAAUGGGAUGCCUCAUGUGGCGUUUACUAAUGCACGAGCGUAUAUAUAUCAUAAGGAUAUGGGGACGUGGCUAUUAAUUGGAGACAGUCAGGACCCUGUGUGGCGAUGGUCGUCAUUCAAUAUACUGAGCACUUCUGGUAAUAGAGCACCGAGAGGACCUUUAUCGUCAUUGCAAGAAGGACUGCUUAGAACUUCCGGAAAUGUUUUACCAAAUCCGCGAUUACCGCAUAGCGCACCAAGCGUAGUUUCCUAUUUGGAGCAACAGUUACUCGCAUCUAAAGCUCUUGGAAGCACCCAAGAGUAUGUUCAUUGGCUCAUGGCUUUGGUGUCGUUCUUAUUAACGCAAGACGGUUUGGAGAAACGUCUAAGGCUAAUUUUGGACGAUCUUUUGGGUCCAAGUCACACAUCAGCUUCUAAAAGCAUUUGGGAACCUGUUAUUUUGGGAAUGAAGAAACAUAAACUUUUGGGCGAUGUAUUGGCCGUAGUCGGUGGCCAUCUUCGUUGGCAAAGGUUGUAUCUUGAAUACUCGGAGCAAUUAACAGCACUGAAGAAUCAAAUUAAUUAACGAUAAUUCAUUUCAGUGCAAAUUUAUUAUACCAAAACCAUCUCACCUUUUCCUUUGAUAAUUUUCCUUGAAUAAUAUCUUGUAUAUUUCUAAAGAUAUCAUAAUGGAUAUAUAUUAAAAUAAGAUUGUACAGUUUUUAUAAAAUGUGUGAUUUGACACAAAUGUAUGAUAACGAAUAAACAAUUUUUAAUAUUUUAGUAUUUAUCAUAAAA